GUGGCCGUGAGGGACUCUCCGUCCGGGAGCGCAGGUUCACGCUUUUUAAAAAAGAGGAAUACAACAGGAAAAAAUGGCAGCAGAAACUCAGACACUUAACUUUGGGCCUGAGUGGCUGCGAGCUUUGUCUAGUGGUGGGAGCGUGACAUCCCCUCCUCUGUCUCCGGCUUUGCCAAAGUACAAACUAGCAGACUAUCGCUAUGGGAGAGAAGAAAUGUUGGCACUUUUUCUAAAGGAUAAUAAGAUACCUUCAGACCUUCUGGAUAAGGAGUUUCUGCCUAUUUUACAAGAGGAGCCCCUGCCACCACUGGCACUUGUACCUUUUACAGAAGAAGAACAGAGAAAUUUUUCGAUGUCUGUAAACAGUGCUGCUGUCCUGCGGUUGACGGGACGUGGAGGAGGAACGGUGGUAGGGGCUCCUCGAGGUCGAAGUUCCUCUAGAGGUCGAGGCAGAGGCCGAGGAGAAAGCGGUUUCUACCAAAGAAGUUUUGAUGAAGUGGAGGGUGGAUUUGGGCGAGGAGGGGGCAGGGAAAUGCACAGAUCACAGAGUUGGGAGGAAAGGGGAGACAGACGCUUUGAAAAACCAGGGCGAAAAGAUCCAGUGAGACCAAACUUUGAGGAAGGUGGGACAGCAACAACGGGGAGGAAGCAUGAGUUUAUACGCUCUGAGAGCGAGAACUGGCGCAUCUUCAGGGAGGAGCAAAAUGGGGAAGACGAUGAUGGAGGCUGGCGACUGGCUGGGUCACGGAGGGAUGGUGAGAGGUGGCGUCCUCACAGUCCAGACGGCCCUCGUUCUGCAGGCUGGCGAGAACACAUGGAGCGACGGCGGAGGUUUGAAUUCGAUUUCCGGGAACGAGAUGAUGAACGGGGUUAUCGACGAGUACGGUGUGGGAGUGGCAGCAUGGAUGACGACAGGGACAGUCUCCCUGAGUGGUGUUUAGAAGAUGCAGAAGAAGAAAUGGGAACAUUUGACUCCUCUGGAGCGUUUCUCUCUUUAAAGAAGGUGCAGAAGGAGCCAAUCCCUGAGGAACAGGAGAUGGACUUCCGACCUGUGGAGGAAGGGGAAGAAAGAUCUGACUCUGAAGGGAGCCACAAUGAAGAAGCCAAAGAUCAUGAAAAGACCACCAAGAAAGAGGGGGAGAAAACAGAUAGAGUAGCGGCAGAAGCAGUGGAAGAAGCAGUCCAAACAUCUUCACCGGCUGCCAGGUCAGAUACCCCACCGAAAUCCCAGCCGCCAGAGCCACUGCAGACGAGCCUUUUUGAAAGGAAGGAAGAGUCUGUGCCAGAAAGAACAGAAAAAACAGAAGAUAAAGAGACUCGAACGGAGAAUAUACCGCCAGCCAAAAUGUCCAACAGAGGGGAAGAUUUGGCUUCUGUUGCUCAACCUUUGCCACAGAUUUCUGCAGACACAGCUUCUCCUGCUCAUCUUUCUCCUCCUGUUUCCAAUUCAAAUCCUGCUCUGCGGCCAGUUCAGACACCUGUCACAGCUGCUCCAGGCAUGGGCAACAUUCCCACUGACCCAGAUGAUGAAGAGGGCCUCAAACACCUAGAGCAGCAAGCGGAGAAAAUGGUGGCAUACCUGCAGGACAGCGCCCUUGAUGAUGAAAGACUAGCAGCAAAAAUUCAAGAGCACAGAGCAAAGGGUUCCUCUAUGCCGUUGUUCCAUGAAGCCAUGCAGAAGUGGUACUACAAAGAUCCACAAGGAGAAAUUCAGGGUCCUUUCAGUAAUCAAGAGAUGGCAGAGUGGUUCCAGGCUGGAUACUUCACUAUGUCGCUGUUGGUUAAGAGAGCCUGUGAUGAGACUUUCCAGCCGCUGGGAGACAUCAUGAAAAUGUGGGGCAGGGUUCCCUUCACUCCAGGUCCAGCACCGCUUCCACAUCUGGGCGAGCUGGACCAAGAGCGGCUGACUAGACAACAAGAGUUGGCCCUGAUCCAAAUGCAGCACCUCCAGUAUCAGCAUCUUUUAAUACAACAACAAUAUGCACAGGUGCUGGCUCAGCAACAAAAGGCAGCCCUCUCAUCCCAGCAACAGCAGCAGCUUGCUAUUCUCUUGCAACAGUUCCAGGCCCUGAAGAUGAGAAUAUCUGAACAGAACAUGAUGCCACCUGUUACAAGGUCUGUGUCAGUGCCGGACACUGGCUCAAUAUGGGAGCUUCAGUCAGCUUCACAACCUACAGUCUGGGAAGGAAGCAGUGUCUGGGAUCUCCCCAUUGAUACUGCAGCUCAGGGACCAGCUCUAGAACAACUUCAGCAGCUCGAGAAGGCCAAAGCUGCAAAGCUAGAGCAAGAGAGGAGAGAAGUGGAAAUGAGGGCCAAACGAGAGGAAGAGGAGAGGAAAAGGCAGGAGGAGCUUCGGAGGCAACAAGAAGAGCUACUUAGGAGGCAGCAGGAAGAUGAGAGGAAACGACGGGAAGAAGAAGAACUGGCCCGCAGGAAGCAAGAGGAAGCCCUGAGGCGACAACGAGAGCAGGAAAUUGCACUAAGGAGGCAGCGGGAGGAAGAGGAGCGGCAACAACAGGAGGAAGCACUUAGACGAUUGGAAGAGAGAAGAAGAGAAGAGGAGGAAAGGCGGCAGCGAGAGGAGUUAAUUCGUAAACAGGAAGAGGAGGCUGCCAAGUGGGCACGUGAAGAGGAGGAAGCUCAACGGCGACUUGAAGAAAGUCGGCUACGCAUGGAAGAGGAGGCAGCCAGACAGCGGCUGGAAGAAGAAGAACGAAAGCGCAAGGAGCUGGAACUCCAGCGCCAGAAAGAAAUAAUGAGACAGAGGCAGCAGCAGCAGGAGGCUUUACGACGGCUGCAACAACAGCAGCAACAGCAGCAACUUGCACAAAUGAAGCUCCCUUCAUCUUCAACAUGGGGUCAGCAAUCAAAUUCAGGAGCUUGUCAAUCCCAGACCACACUGUCAUUGGCAGAAAUACAAAAGUUAGAAGAAGAACGAGAACGGCAGCUUCGAGAAGAGCAAAGGCGUCAGCAGCGUGAACUAAUGAAGGCCCUCCAGCAACAGCAGCAGCAACAGCAGCAAAAAUUGUCAGGCUGGGGUAAUGUCACCAAACCAACAGGCACCACCAAGUCCCUGCUGGAGAUACAGCAGGAAGAGGCAAGGCAGAUGCAGAAACAGCAGCAACAGCAGCACCAGCAGCCAAACAGAGUCAGAAAUACUACGCACUCUAACCUGCACACCAGCAUUGGGAAUUCAGUGUGGGGCUCCCUAAACACUAAUCCCAGCAACCAGUGGGCAUCUGACCUAGUCAGUAGCAUCUGGAGUAAUGCUGAUACCAAAAACUCAAACAUGGGUUUCUGGGAUGAUGCGGUGAAGGAAGUGGGACCUCGUAACUCGACCAAUAAAAACAAAAGCAAUGCCAGCCUCAGUAAAUCUGUGGGUAUUACAAGUAGACAAAACAAGAAGGUGGAAGAAGAGGAGAAGCUGUUGAAAUUGUUCCAGGGAGUUAAUAAAGCGCAGGAUGGAUUCACUCAGUGGUGUGAACAGAUGCUUCAUGCACUCAACACAGCCAACAACUUAGAUGUUCCCACAUUUGUUUCUUUCCUGAAGGAAGUGGAGUCUCCCUAUGAGGUCCAUGAUUACAUCAGAGCCUAUCUUGGAGAUACUCCUGAGGCCAAGGAGUUUGCCAAGCAGUUUCUUGAGCGCCGUGCCAAACAGAAAGCCAGUCAGCAGCGGCAACAGCAGCAGCAACAGGAUUCAGUGUGGGGGAUGAACCACAGUUCGCUACAUUCGGUCUUUCAGACCAAUCAGAGCAACAACCAGCAAUCCAAUUUUGAGGCUGUGCAGAGUGGGAAGAAAAAGAAGAAACAGAAAAUGGUUCGCGCAGAUCCCAGCUUGUUAGGGUUUUCAGUGAAUGCCUCAUCAGAGCGGCUCAAUAUGGGAGAAAUAGAGACUUUGGAAGACUACUGAGCAUGUGCAAAUCAACUGGCUUUUCCUGCGUCUGUUAACCAUGGAUUCUCCGUUUUGGACACAGUACUCUCCACCAUGCGUUCUCCUUCUUCGCCUCGCAGUGAAUCACAGAACCAAUCAUCUCAGGCUGCUUCCUCUAGCCCCAGCAAACCCUUUCUGCCCAGGACUGCACAGGCGUUGUUCCUACUGUCAGCCCAGAGUCGAGUGGACUUUGUUCAGAGUCCUGGGAGGGUGGGAGAUAGGAUUCAUUCACAACAAGGCUGAUUUGGGCAGCAAGCUUUCACUGUGCUGUGAUUUCUUCUGCUGACAUACCUGGAAAAAAAAAAAAUCAAUUGGGAUUCUGCAAACCAUUGCUUCCCUCUCCUGGUUACUCUUACCACAUCCAACACAUGCAGUCAUGGAGAGAGAGAGAGAGAGUUUGUGGUUAACAGAUGUUGGUCAAAACCAAAAUGCCACACAGAUACUGACUUCCGCGCUCCAUCAGGGCAAGAGGUGCUCUCCCAAGCCAGGAGUUGCAUUCAUAAGCUAACCUUAGAACUGGCAACAGCAGGAGAGGGGCGGUGGCGGGCACAGUUUAGCUUGGGUUGGUUUGAAGUUGCACACCCCCUGCCAGCCCUUCUCAGCACAUUAUUUUUGGAGGGAAAGCUCGAGUCUGUCUUCAUUAGGUGGUGAUGCUGAAGCUGGUGGAGUUCCCCGUCGGCGUACUCCAGCCUUCCUGGACAAGUGGGGACUUCUACUCUGGGGAAAAAAGGGGGGUGGCGUCUCUUCUUUCAGGUUGAAUUUAUCCCUUAAAUGCUACCUUUGGAGGGUUAGGACCAGUUUAUUUUGAGCUUUUUUCCUGCAAAUUUGUCUCGUUUAAGAGACAGUAGGAUCUUUACCGUGUGGAUCUUUAGUCUUUGGUGAGGGUGAACACUGGCUUUCACAUACGUACCCCAGCAGUCUUAGCUAGUUGUCAUUUCAAGCAGUGCUUAGGUUAACAAGCAGAGAUGCCCUUUUGUCAUGAAGAGAGACUGUGGAGGGCGAAGUUAUGUGCAAUGACGGCCCUGCUUAUCUUCUACUCCUUAAACUACUUCACACACCUUCACUGGGAUCCAUAAUGUUUAAGUAUUUAUGGAAUCAUAACCUUCCCCUCUCACCGAAAGAUUAACACCACCUUCCCUUCUCCACCCACCCACGUGCACACACCACAAAAGAAAGAAAACGAAAACUGCCAAAUGCACUUAGUUUCAACCCCCUGGUCCCGUCUCCCAUUCCCAGAGGGUUAUAACCUGCCAAGGGAGAUACGCUACAGUUUUGGUGGAGUUGUAUAAAGGUGUCUGUCUUUCUGUCAUCACUGCCUAAAGAAAACAGUUCGAGUUGCUCAAGAGCAGUUUGGCUUUGGAUUUUAUUUCGUUUGGUUUAUUCAUUUUUUGGGGUCACCUUCCCCUCCUCCUCCUCUCUCUUCCCCCUGCCCCCAAACAUGUACAGUAACUAUACAGAGACUGCUGCAGACUUGUAUAUAGUUUUUGGAUCCAAUAGCAUGGAGAGACUUGGAACUGUUGCAAAUCUGGUCUCCCUGUCUCCUUUGCUUUGUAAAUUCAUAAAAGGGGGAAGAGGGGUAGUUAAAAUGUUUACAAAACUUUAAACUCCCUCUGAACUUUUGCCAGUGUGGGGGGGGAAAAGAGAGAACUUAAAUAAAACCUGGUUGUAUUAUAUCUGAGAGAAAACUUUCU